AUGAGCAAGGAGGGCACAGCCUACCCACCAUGCCCUGUCAAACCGGCCCAGGCUCAACCCUCCAGGGCCCCCUCUGAAGGCGCAUCUCUGGGUUUUGUAUUGAAGGAACAUGCUGCUCCCUGUGUGUCUGGGGCUGCACUGACAAAAUCAACCCUGCUCCAGAGGUGCGCCGUGCCAAAGCGUACUGGAUGGACGCAGGAGAAAGCCAUCAGCAUCUGGGAAUCAAAGAACUUCUUCAUCGAGCUGGACCCACUCCCCGGGGCUGUGGAAGCUGUGAAGCAAAUGGCUAACCUGGCAGACACCGACGUGUUCAUCUGCACAAGUCCGAUCAAGAAGUACCGCUACUGCCCUUACGAGAAGGUAAGCCGCGAGUCCUGUGCUCACAAGGCAACGAUCCUGGUUUGCCUGGAAAGCCGACGAUUUGAUGGUAGCUCCUUGGACUGCAAAGCCUUUGGUGUCUGCACAUGCUGGCUGCGUGGUCUGAGCGCCCCCGUCUCCCCCUUCCUGCUGCUUGUGCCAGAUACCGGUCUGCCAGGAAAGCGCUGGGUGUACGCCCGCCCGGCACCCUCCGUCCUGCUCAGAGUGACCCCGGAUGGGGAAGAGGAGCGGAUGGAUGCUGCAGCAGGCUCAUCUGCUGCUUCUCUGCCUGGCGGCUUGGCUCGUGCAGGCAUUUAA